AUGGCAUUCUACGAUACUUGGCCGAAGGUAGAUCCCGUCAUAGUGCUGGUGGUGUUAUGCCUGAUCGUGUUAGUUGACCGGAUCUGGGAGAUGAUACUCACCAAGAGACAGCAACUGGUGUGCCUGAAUGCGAUCAUGGUGCCGGAGGAGCUGAGGGGGGUCAUUCCGCCGGAGAUUUACCACCGGGCCCGCAUCUACGAGCUUCACAAAACGGAGCUGCAGCUCUGGAAGAUCCUUAUUGACCUGAUCAUCUCGCUUUGCGAGCUGAUCCUGGGCUUCUAUCCCUUCCUCUGGGGCCUGGCUACCAUGACACUGCAAUCGCUCACCUCCGAGGAGAUCUGGAUCAGCUUGGUCUUCGUGUCCUACCUGACCGUCUACAUUUGCGUGAGGUUCCUGCCCGUCCUGAUCUAUGACAAGUGCCUGCUGGAGCUGCGCUACGGCAUGUCGGGCAAGUUUCCGUGGUACCUCUACUGCUGCAUCGGUGCCCUGGCCCUCCUCCUGAGCCAACUGGUCCUGCUCCCUUUGGCGGCGGGCAUUGUGUUCAGUGUGCAAAUCCUCGGCUACUACUUCUUCUUGUGGUUCUGGCUCUUCUGGGCCGUCUUCACCCUGCUGCUGGUCUUCUUCCUGCCCUACUGCUGUAUCCCGUGCAUUGGACGACAGGUCGUCCUGCCGGAGGGCACUGCUCUGUAUGCGGAGGUCAAGAAGGUCUGCGACGUGGUCGGCUUCCCCAUGAAGCGUGUGUUUAUCAUCAAGACGCGGACCAUGCAGUACAGUAACGCCUAUUUCUACGGGAGCUGCUGCCUGAAGAGGAUUGUGAUCUUCGACACGCUGCUGCUAAACAAGGGACAGGAUACCAGCAAUCUGCAACCCUACGAGGUGGGCAGGGGACUGACCAACACGCAAGUGGCGGGCGUGGUGUGCCACGAACUGGGCCACUGGAAGCACGGACACUUCUACAAGGCCACCAUUAUCAUGAAGAUUCACUUCUUUCUCACCAUGGGGCUCUUCGGGCUGUUCUUCCAUUGCCCGCAGCUGUAUAUGGCGGUGGGUUUUGCACCAGGACUGUGUCCCAUCAUCGUGGGAUUCAUCAUCGUCCUGAGAUUCGCCCUCACUCCGUAUCUCACGCUGGCCAAUGUACUGAUGCUGUGGAACCUACGUCGCUUUGAGUACGCCGCCGAUCGGUUUGCCCACCGCAUGGGAUACUCGAUUCAACUGAGGAUGGCCCUCAUCAAGAUCUACGCGGAUCACAUGAGUUUCCCGGUGUACGACACUUGCUACGCCCGCUGGCAUCACACGCAUCCCACGAUCCUUCAAAGGCUGGCGUAUCAGGAGAAGUUGGACUUCGAGGCCAUUAGGGACAAACGUAGUAAUCCGUGACUGGUAUUUCGUCUUGUUUUUUUUUGUACGUUUUUCGAGACACCCUGUAAAAUUGCCUGUAUGACUCGAACACAAAUUGACACGCCCCGCUGUGGGAUCAUUACCAAAUUGGUGGUCAGCAUCGACAGCGGGUGAGUUAUACAAAUGGAAGCGAUAUAACGUGGAGGAGCGAUCACUGGAAAUCCUGAUGAUCUGUGAUGACACUCCACCCUUCUUCCCUUCUGUCUUUUAAUCCAAAAUUGUUUAAAAUAAAAUUCUAGAAGUAUA